UGGACUGUGAAGAGACAAGAGAUGAAGCCUAGGUCCUCAUCGUUCGUGGAUAAUAAGCUGAAACAGCGGGUCAUCCAGGUGUGUAUUUUGGACCGCCCGGCUUCGCUGUGGUCCCUACUCACUGCUCCAAGGUGCCGCUAGCUUUCUCUCGGGCCGCUCCCAGGCCGAAGUUUAUUAGCUGCUUUCCCACGCUCCAGAUUCAUGUAUCCAGUGGAUAUGUGACAUUUCUUCUUGAAUGACAGUACCUCACCAGUAACAGAUGUGGCAAAUAUGUGGACACUGGCAUCUUAGCAUCUGAUUUGCAAAGAAUGUACAGUAUAGACUAUGGCCGAAGAAAAAGAAAUGCUUUUAGGAUUCAGGUAGAAAAAGUAUUUAACAUAAUUAGUAGUGAGAAAGAACUUAAAGAUCUAACAGAAUUGGAAGAUGAACAUCUAACUAAAAGAGCAAGAAGACAAGGUGAAGAAAAUAAUGAGUAUACUGAAAGCUAUUCUGAUGAUGAUUCAAAUGUGGGCGAUUACCCAGAUCCACAGUCAGCAAAUCACAUGAACAGUUCUCUGGUCUCCUUAUAUCGGAAAAGAAAUACUGAUUCUGUUUCAAAUACUCCUGAGAUGGCGCAAAGAGAAACCACCACUUCAACAUCAUGGACGACUUCCAAAACAGACACCAUUCCUUUGAAGACCUCUGCCACAGUUUCUGAAGGAGGAUGGUUUAUUGACAAAACCCCUGGUGGAAAGAAAGACAAGUUUUAUUUGGACCUGUCAGAUGAGAAAAAUAAUCAUAAGAAGCCAUUAUCAGCGAUACAGGAUUCAAAAGAUUCUUCUCUGGAGAGUGAAAAAAAAAGGAAAGUCAGGCUAAAGAGCAAAGGAAGCAAGAGGAAGAAAGAAGAUCUUCAGGAAGUAGAUGGAGAAGUAGAAACUGUCUUGCACAAGAGAGCUAAAGCCAGGGGGCUAGAAUUGCAAAUUUCCAAUGUGACGUUUGAAGAUAUUGGAGGCAAUGAUGCGACACUAAAGGAAGUCUGCAAGAUGCUCAUACAUAUGCAUCACCCAGAGGUGUACCAGUACCUGGGUGUCGUACCCCCGCGUGGAGUUCUCCUUCAUGGACCACCAGGAUGUGGGAAGACAUUGCUUGCACGUGCAAUUGCUGGGGAACUUGACUUGCCAAUCCUGAAAGUAGCUGCCACGGAGAUUGUGUCCGGAGUUUCUGGAGAAUCUGAACAGAAGCUGAGAGAACUCUUUGAACAAGCUGUGUCAAAUGCCCCCUGCAUCCUUUUUAUUGAUGAAAUUGAUGCUAUUACUCCCAAAAGAGAAGUUGCUUCAAAAGAUAUGGAACGAAGAAUUGUAGCCCAGCUCCUAACCUGCAUGGAUGAUCUGAAUAACUUGGCUGCAACAGCUCGGGUCCUAGUCAUUGGAGCUACUAACCGACCAGACUCAUUAGACCCUGCUUUGAGACGUGCAGGAAGGUUUGACCGAGAAAUAUGCUUAGGUAUCCCAGAUGAAGCAUCAAGGGAAAGAAUACUUCAAACUUUGUGCAGAAAACUCAGACUUCCUGAAACUUUUAAUUUUCGUCACUUAGCACACCUAACCCCAGGCUUUGUUGGAGCUGACCUGAUGGCACUCUGCCGCGAGGCAGCUAUGUAUGCAGUAAAUAGGGUCCUCAUGAAGCUUCCGGAACAGCAGAAGAAAGACCCUGAGAUUGAAGGUUUGUCAUCUGAAGGAGUCCAGGAAGAAGGAAUAAAAACUGAGCACACUUCUAAAACACAGGAUGAAUUACAAAGGCUACUGGGCUUGCUAAGAGAUCAAGAUCCCCUCUCAGAAGAGCAGCUACAAGGACUGUGCCUUGAAUUGAAUGAUUUCAUUGUUGCUCUAUCUUCAGUCCAACCCUCUGCCAAAAGGGAAGGCUUUGUCACUGUCCCUAAUGUGACAUGGGCAGAUAUUGGUGCCCUAGAAGAUAUUAGAGAGGAACUCACCAUGGCAAUAUUGGCACCAGUACGUAACCCAGAUCAGUUUAAAGCUCUUGGAUUGGUGACUCCAGCUGGGGUCCUCCUUGCUGGUCCUCCUGGCUGUGGUAAAACUCUCCUCGCAAAGGCAGUAGCAAAUGAGUCUGGACUUAAUUUUAUAUCUGUAAAGGGUCCUGAAUUACUAAAUAUGUAUGUUGGUGAGAGUGAGCGUGCUGUACGACAGGUUUUUCAGCGAGCCAAAAACUCAGCACCCUGUGUUAUAUUCUUUGAUGAAGUGGAUGCCUUAUGCCCUCGAAGAUCAGACCGUGAGACAGGGGCAAGUGUCCGGGUGGUAAAUCAGCUACUUACAGAAAUGGAUGGACUGGAAACACGCCAGCAGGUUUUUAUUAUGGCAGCCACUAACAGGCCAGAUAUCAUUGACCCUGCAAUCCUGCGCCCAGGACGGCUAGACAAAACACUCUUUGUGGGUUUGCCACCCCCAGCAGAUCGUCUUGCCAUCUUGAAAACUAUCACAAAAAAUGGUACCAAACCCCCACUGGAUACAGAUGUAAAUUUAGAAACAAUUGCUGGUGACCUUCGCUGUGACUGCUAUACAGGUGCGGAUCUCUCUGCUUUGGUGCGGGAAGCUUCUAUCUGUGCCCUGAGACAGGAAAUGGCAAGACAGAAGAGUAGAAAUGAAAAAGGUGAACUCAAGGUUAGUCAUAAGCAUUUUGAAGAAGCUUUCAAGAAAGUAAAACCAUCUGUAUCAAAAAAGGAUCAAGUGAUGUAUGAAGCUCUGCAGCAAUCACUCAGCUGGUGAUAUCUACAACAAUAGGGCAUGGAGGAGUCCAGUGCAUUUGUCCCGGCAGAGAAACACACACCCUUAGAUGCCAGCUUUCAGCUUGACACAGACAUGCUUCCAUGUAAGCAUAUUCUUUUCAAAUUAACGAGGCCAACCUGGAGCUGAAGAUUGGUCCUAUCUGGCCAUCCUCAUGUGGGAAAGCCCUACUUCCUUUUUAAGAAAGAAAAAUUUUUAACUGCUAAAAUAAAAUAACUGAUAAUUCCUUUUUUUUUUUUUUU